AAUGGAGUUCCAGGAAGCACAACUUCCUCUUCUUAUUCUUCUUCUUCGAGCAUCAGCAGCAACAGUAGUAGUAAUGGCAACGAUCCAGCCCAAAUCAUCGCUAAAGCUAUGCUCUGUUUCAAUAACAGAGGAAUUUACAGAAGCUGCGAUGAAGACUUCAGAUUGAACGAGAGCGGGAGCCUGGGAGUUCCUCCGGAACAAGUGGACGCCUACUGCGGCGGUUCUUGCUUGACGGAGACCAACAUGGUGCUGAAUUGCCUUGAAGGGAUCAUGAAGAAUUUCAGAUUUUACAAUGCUGCUACGAUCAAGGAUGUUAAGGACACUGUCUCUGCAGUAUGCAGUGACGGCCCUAACCGAGGCAAUUUCGAUGUGUCUGAGUCUGAGCAUCUUGAGGCUUCUGAAUCUACUGCUCUCAAGGCUGCAAGUUGGGUUGUGUAUUAUGCUAUUGUUUACUUGGUCGCCUGCCUAGGUUUUCUCCGUUGGUGAUUUGGGAGGGCAGAGUUUCGAAGUUUGGUGUGAUUUUCAGGCUUUUGGGGGAGAUUAUAGUAUAAGUCAUAAGAGGGUCAUCUUUUUGGUUUUGGUAUUGAGUGUGGUAAGUUAUUACAUUAUGAUUUUUGUAUAGAUUGGAUCAAAUGAUUGUGUAUUGGUUUGGCAUUACCAAGUAUCAAUGCAAUGUUGCUUAGAGUUU